UUUUUUUUUAGUUUCAAACGAAAAUAAUGAGCAGGAUUAAUCAGAUAAGAGCACAAAAGAUAACCACUCAAACCAGUCAUCGGACCUUCCACCAACGAAAAUUCGAUGGACCUUAAACCGCCUUGCAACAUUUUCUCUACCUCAUAUCACCGGAGUCCGUCACUCUUCCGGCAAUGCUCCCCGUCGAGAAAUACAGUCAGCUACGCCGCGAAUAAAUAUCGCCGUAGUACGACGUCGUCGGAGCUUCAAGUUUCACCCGAAGUACCCCGUUCCCAACGCAUUUCUGUAGCGUCGUCUGCUCCGAGACAUAAAGUCACCGUUCACGACAGACAACGAGAUGUUGUUCACGAAUUCUACGUUCCAGAGGAUCAAUACAUAUUACACACAGCUGAAGCACAGGACAUAUCACUUCCAUUUGCUUGCAGGCACGGUUGUUGUACUAGUUGUGCUGUUCGUAUAAAAUCAGGAGGACUUAGACAGCCUGAAGCAUUAGGGAUAUCAGCAGAACUGAAAGCUAAGGGUUAUGCACUCCUUUGUGUUGGUUUCCCAACUUCUGAUGUUGAAGUUGAAACACAAGAUGAGGAUGAGGUAUAUUGGCUUCAAUUUGGACGAUAUUUUGCACGAGGACCUAUUGAAAGGGAUGACUAUGCACUUGAACUAGCCAUGGGUGAUGAGGCAUCAAUGGUGAUGGAUUUAAUAUCAGAAACCAUGUGUUUGAUUGAUUACGACAUGAAUGCUCUAAGAACAAGACGUCUUAACUUGAAAUGAUAAUCACCCUGAUGAAAGAAAAUCGCUUGUUUUUUGAUCAUUCUUUCUUUAAUGUUGGAAAUGUGGGCUCACCAAGAGGAGAAUUGAAUACAAGCAUGAGUUUAGGAGAAGCAUGACUUGAAAUCAUGACACAACGACAACACAAUAUGUGGGUUUUAAAGAUUAAACCAUAACUACAAGUAAAAUUCAAGAUUUUGGUUUAUUUGAUUAGUGAAAAUGAAAGAAGUUAACCGUAAAUCAAUGAGGUGGAAGUGUAGAAAGGACUCACAUUUUGACUAUUGAGGUGAAUAAGACAUUUGGGUUUUGGGAGUAGAGUUCCACCGUUAUAUGGUCGGGAGAGGGGGUUUUGACCAUUGAGUGGGUGUGUAUUUGAGAGAGAGAGAGAGAGAGAGAGAGAGAGAGAGAGAGAG